CUAUGACGUAUUACCGUUACUCAAUGUUUUUUUUAAAGUUUUGCUGUUUGAUUGCACUUAAUGUGACAUGUGCAGUGCAGUUCCGGCGCCAGGAAUGACAAGAUGCUAAUAUUUCCGGUUACCGAUCACCGGCCUCUCACAGAUAAGUUGACAAAGAUAAUUCCAGUUCAAGAAGGAUCGGUCUGAGCUAGAAUUUGUGUAGUGAGUCAGCAUUUAACAGGCUGGUGGUGUUGAUGACAAACUGUUUUAACUGUAGCCAGCCAUACACUGAAAAGCAAGUAUCAUUACCACGGUCAAAAUUCUUGUUGAGUGGGCGUAUUUGAAAAUUUCAGCUACGGGUUUCUUCCCAGGAAUUUAGGCACUUCAUAAACUUCCGGCUGACCUCAGCCAUGGAUGUAUCAUUCGCCAUUUCAUCGACAAUAAUGCUGAUGGACAACGCGACGAACAACCACACCGGCCUUUCAGAAGAAGAGUACUUGCAAGCCGUCUUCGACAAGAUGGCGCUGAACCUCCUGCCCACCGUGCUGGUUCUGGUCACCAUCAUCGUAGGUGGUCUCCUAGGCAACAGCAUUGUCUUUGUCGUGUACUUGCGACAGUUCAGACCUAGCAGCACCCGCGUCUUCGUGCUGGCCAUGAGUGCCUACGACCUGCUGACCAACGUCGUCACCUUGCCCAUGAUGGUGGUCAUCGUGCACCGUGCCUUCGUCAACUACGACCGCUGGUUCUGCAGCACGGCGCUGGCCUGCAUCAGCUUCUUCUCCGUGUGCACCGGGUGGAUCCUGUGCUUCGUGGCUCUGGACCGUCAGAGGCGGGUGUGCCAACCGCAGAAGCAGCAGUUCAGCCCUCGCCAGGCCUGGCUCUUUGUUCUUCUCGCCACCAUCAUUUCGGCGCUCGUCACCUUUCCCUUCUUCCACCUCAAGGGCGUGCAACGCGUGCAAACCCCGGAUGCUGACGUCACGGUCAGUACCUGCGCCGUAGAUGACACCUAUCUUGGCACGACUUUCUACACCGUCUACAAACUCUCUCUAGGCAUCACCUUCGUGGCGGCCGUGGUCAUGGCGGUCGUCUGCUACUCUUUGAUCGGGCGUCACGUGUGGCUGCACACACGUAAACAGAGGGCGCUGCUGGAGGUAAGGGGAGUGAGGAUAGAGGUGGAGAAAAAAAGUGGAGGUGGGGGCGAAGUAUGUGGUGUCAGCAACAACAUCAACAUCAGCAAGCAGGACACGCACAGCGCCGGAGUCAGCUUGGACACGGACUCUCCCUCCGCGAAAGGAUUGUCAGUGCAGCAGUCUGAGAGCUUAAGCAUCUUCACCUCCAUCAGUGCAGAGGCUGCGUCAGGAGAAGGUAACUCUAACAUUCAAGAAAAAAGCGAGAAUGUAGGAGACUCGGAGAUCAACAAAUCGGCAACGACUUUGAGGAAGGUACCCUUCGAAAAGAGAAAAUCUUUCAAAGAGAGGACGAAGAGGAGGAUAAAUCGAUCAAGGACAACAUUGACGAUGGCUGUGCUCACAUCUGUCGGUGUCCUCAACUACCUGCCUCAUCUGGUCGUCAGAUACGUGCACGAGAAGCCAGGCUUCUUCCUGCGCCCAGACUUGACAGUGUUGUCGCUGAACCUCUACAUGCUGGCCAUGUGCUCCAUAUACCUCAACAGCGCCAUCAACCCCAUCGUCUACAGCUUCUGCAACGCCAGGUUCCUCCAAGAGUGCCGGAAGCUGAAAAACAGACUGAAAAAAUAUUGGGCUAGGCAGGCCUCCACGCUAAGACGUGUCUAACUCAGCACUACUUUCUUGUUAUUUAUUUAUUACUUUAGGUUUGCUAAAGACUACCUUAAAAAAAAAAAGUAGUGCAGUUUUGCUUUGCGCUGAAAUUUAAAAAAGUGUAAUAGACUUUAACAGAUUUAUAUUAAAAAUAUUAAUAUGUGGAUGUCUUUAUGUAUAAUUGUUCCCUUUCGCAAGCCUUAUAAGGAUGGUGAUAGUUUUCAAUUUCCGUAUUUAGCAUAGGAUGAUGUGGUAUAUACGGUGCGUACUCUUGAACGAAUAUCAAUUUCCUCAUCUAAGUUUCGCCUUUCCAAGAAAAUGUUUCAUUUGUUUUCUUCCAGCGAAGGGAAAUCACUUCCACAAUGAGGACCUCUAUCUUUUGAGUUUGAUUGUUUGGUUCCCGUACUCGAGUAAAUAAAAAUUUCCUCAAUUCAGUCCCUGAUAUUCACGAAAAAGCUGGCUAAGGGAGGUCACUCACAUGUUAAUAACAUCGAUCUAUCUAGUUUAAUUACUUAGCUCCCCUUUCUCUAGUGCUACAUCUAUUGUUGGAUCUUGUAAACCUUUAUAUAUGUGAUUCGAAGUCAAAUUAAAAUUCAAGAAUAUGAUGAUGUUGUUUUCUGUAAAAAAAAAAAAAAAAAAAAAAAAAGAAGUUACUCUGUCUGUCACUUGCUCCAUUUACCUCCCUUUAUCUCUUUGGCUCUGCAACAAUCUGACUUAGUGACAAGCUAUUUAGCGACUGUUGUCAUUACGGUUGUUAUUCGCCUUUAUAAGAAUGCAUUAUCUUAAUGAUAAUGUAGACAUUUUUGUCUUUUGAACAGUGGCCUCUGUGUGGAUGUAGCUGUACGUUGGAUGUUAGAGUUUGUACACUGCUCCAGUUGUAAAAUAACAUCUGCAGGGGCUGUACACCGCUUGAUGAUGAUGACGACGA